AUGGCCUUUGGUAGAUCGCGAGCUCGUCACCAUGCUGGCGGAGCCACCGUCACCACUACAGUCACCACCGUUGAACAACCAGCACCGGCGACAAGAAGCCGAGGCACUCGCGGCACUCGUGCCGCGGGCACGAAGCCCACCCUCAGGCAGCGCCUCUUUGGCCCUCCUAAGACUAGAACACCAAGAACCACGACUGCGGCUCCACCAAGGAGACGCCGUGUCGGCACGCGACGCACACCGGCGACUGCCACCACGACCGUCACUCCACGGCGCAAGGCCAGCAUGAGCGACAAGGUCUCCGGCGCGAUGCUCAAGUUGAAGGGGAGUCUCACUCGAAGGCCCGGCCAGAAGGCCGCCGGCACGAGACGCAUGCAUGGGACAGACGGCAGAGGGAGUCGUCGAUACUACUAG